AUGUCAGCCGAUAUGGAUAUUGACAUUAACAACACUACACCAACUAACGAUUUUAUGGACGAAGAUCCACCUACAGUCGAUGAGGAAACAAACACUGUAGGUGUUUUGAUUGAUGAACUCAAACAUGAAGAUGUUACACUUCGACUCAACUCCAUCAGAAAACUCGACGUAAUUGCCAACGCACUUGGUGUGGAAAGAACCAGAAACGAAUUGAUACCUUUUCUUCAAGAUUCCAUUGACGAUGAAGACGAGGUUUUGCUUGCGUUAGCUGAAGAGUUGGGAAAGCUUAUCGAAGCUGUUGGUGGAAAAGAUUAUGCUUAUCAUAUAUUGCCACCUCUGGAAAAUAUAGCUGCUGUUGAAGAAGCAACAGUUAGAGACAAGGCUGUUGAUUCUCUCUGCCAUAUUGCUGAGGUCUUGCCCGAUGAUCAUUUAACGAAAUACUUCAUACCUCUUCUCAAAAGGCUAACUGUUGGGGAUUGGUUUACCAGCCGAACAUCUGCAACAGGGCUUUAUGCUACAGCCCUGAAACGAGCAGAUGCCUCUCUUCAGGAAGAAAUAAAGACACUAUUUUCACAAUUAUCAAAGGACGAUAGCCCUAUGGUGAGGAGAGCUGCUACAAAAUCAUUGGUGGAUCUUGUCAGAGAACUUCCAGAGGACGAUGUUCGCUCAAUUCUAAUUCCACUAUUUCAAAGACUCUCUGAAGACGAUCAGGACUCUGUUCGUCUUUUGACAGUGGAGGUCUUAGUUGCUUUGGCUGAGAAGCUUCCGGCAGCAGAAACCAAGAGCGAUUUAUUGCCUGCUUUUACUGCUUUAGCAAACGAUAAGGCUUGGAGAGUACGAUAUAUGGUUGCAUCAAAAUAUGUUGAGCUUGCCAAUGCUUUCGGUGAAGAUAUUGUUAGAGCCAAUUUCACCUCGGCAUUCGUCAGCAUGCUAAAGGAUGCUGAAGGUGAGGUUAGAACAGCGGCAGCUAGCCAAGUACCUGGAUACGCUAAACUUGUCGAUAAAACUGUCAUCAUUGAUGAACUUUUGCCUUGUGUUAAAUCGCUUGUUACCGAUGAGAAUCAACAUGCUCGUGCAGCUCUUGCAAAGGAUAUCAGUGGCUUGGCGCCAAUCAUUGGACAAGACGCCACCAUGGAGUAUUUGUUGCCUUUAUUCCUACAACAAUUGACUGAUGAAUUCCCUGAUGUUCGUUUAAACGUUAUUUCAAACUUGGAAACAAUCAAUCAAGCUAUUGGUAUUGAACGCGUGUCACAAGCAUUACUUCCUGCGAUUGUCGAACUAUCGGAAGACAAACAAUGGCGAAUUCGCCUGGCUAUCAUUGAAUAUAUUCCCUUGCUAGCCAAACAAUUCGGUCCUAAAUUCUUCGAAGAAAAGCUUCUGGAAUUAUGCAUGUCUUGGCUUAGAGAUCUCGUUUUCUCUAUCCGAGAGGCUGCUACAGUGAAUCUGAAAAAGUUGACCUUGGUUUUUGGAGCUGAUUGGGCCAAAUCUGCAAUUAUUCCUGAGGUGAUGAAAAUGACUACUGAUGAAAAUUAUUUACAUAGAAUGACUACUAUCUUUGCUUUAACGACAAUGGCUGAAGCAUUAACACCUGCCAUGGUGAAAGAAUCCAUCCUUUCCACUAUAACAGAGAUGUCGAAAGACCCUAUUCCCAACAUACGAUUUAACGUUGCUAAAUCAUUGGAAACAUUGAUACCAUUCUUGAGGAAGGAUGACAGUACAGCUGAGCUUAUCGAUAGCAUUGUUAAGCCUACGCUCGAAAAAUUAAGUACAGAUCAAGAUGUCGACGUCAAAUUUUUUGCUACGCGAGCUUUAGAAAGCUGUGGUAAAUAAUCGUCUUAAUCUCUCAAUUGCUUUCUACUUUGUCAAUCACUCACUUCUUCUCUAUGCGUGGAUAGCUUAAAAAGGGAUUUUUUUUUUCAAUAUAAUUUCUAUAUUUCUUGACUUAUAACCGUCUUUUUAUUUUCUCUCUUCCGCCUUUCCUCUUAAUUGGUUUGUAUAUUGUAGUCUAGGUCGUUGUAAUGUUUGAUUGGAUUGAAAAUGAAAGGAAGAAUAUGCAAAAUAAAACUGAUGCACCCAUCAAACUAUUGCAUAAAUGAAUUGUGAGCAGAUGUACAACUAUUUUAUUGUUAUGCCUCAGUUACCUUCUAGAUGCAUAUACUUGGCUUUUCUCUGCAUGUGAUAGAUAUUCACUGCGAUGCUAUUACACUGUGUUCUGGACUAAAAUCAAUUGAUAAUUGGAGUACAAACUGAUUCACCAUCUUCAUUAUACUGAUCUUAUUUCAGUUGGCCGGAGCCAACAACUGAGAAAAUGUCAUACACUUUCC